UAUCUUGUUCAAUUGCUUCGCAUGAACGCAAAAACCCUGAACUCAGUUCCGCCUUCAGCAGGAGCGUCAAGGAAGGGUAAAAUCGAAGUCUUUCAGCUUUCACGGGUUGGAACACUGCCAUAUGAGCCAAGUCGACAUGGAAUAGCGGAUUCCCAAGCAAAUCCCUGGGGUGGACGAGUAUUGGGUCUAUCUCAUCGCCCCCCAGGAAUGAAGAUACAAUGGGCGAUGGCUGAACCCGCACGGAUAGCAAGCCUACCACUUUAAGCCGAGGUUCAAGCUGCGUAGCCGAUGAAACCUCCUGGCCCCCAAGUCGCCCGUUGCUCGGCUCAAUGACUUCCAGUCUGAGCACGUACCACCCGUUCAGUAAUUUCAGUAUACACGACAACGCCCCGCUCUCCUCGGUAGCUCAAAUACACCGUCCUUUCCUACUCCCUCCGACUCUUAUCCUCCCAUCUCAAAUGGCAUGUUCACGUCGAGGACCCGCGUUCUGGCUCAUCUUUGUUGCUCUAUGCAUCUCACUCUUUGCGUCUGCUCUAGAGAUGACCACGAUCUCCACUGCCCUGCCUGUGAUUGCCCAUGAUCUCCAUAUGUCGGGAUUCGUUCGGGCGGGGACCGCAUAUACCCUGGCGUCGACCGCAUUUCUUCCCAUGAGCGGAGGACUGGCAGAAGUCUUCGGGAGACAGCACGCGAUGCUUCUUUGUGUGACUCUCUUUGCGCUUGGAAGUGGGCUCUGUGGGGCUGCGAAGGAACAAUCGUUGUUCCUCGCUGGUCGUGCAGUACAAGGACUCGGAGGCGGCGGGAUCCGCUCCUUGUCUUUUAUAAUCCUGGCAGAUCUGGUGACUCUCGAAGAACGAGGUGUUUACGGUGUUUUUACUGGACUAACCUGGUGUGUCGCUGCUGUGGUUGAACCUAUGAUCGGUGGUAGUGUGGCAUCUCAAGGCUUUUGGCGAUGGCUUUUCUGUGCAGAUCUUCGAUGAUCUGCUCUCAGGACUCACUCUCAGUAGAUCUCAAUCUGCCUAUUUGCUUCGUUGCAGCCCUGUGUGUCUUGCUCUUUCUCCAACUUCCGACCCCAAAUGGAACGAUCCGUAACAAGCUAUCUCGAUUGGACUGGAUUGGGAACGCACUGGUCAUCGCUAGCACUGUUUCUUGCACAGCUGGCUUGACAUGGGGUGGUUCUGUUGCGCCCUGGAUUUCUUUACCAUUGCUCCUUCCGCUCUGGUGUGGACUCCUUGGACUAGCUUUAUUCAUGCUCUAUGAAGCAACGUUGGCGAAUGAGCCUCUGGUGCCAUUUAUUAUCAUGAGCAACCGAACGACACUGAGUGGCUAUGCUCAAGCAUCUAUAGUCAGCCUCGUCACAAUCUGUGUCAUCUAUCUUCUACCUGUCUAUUUUCAAGGGUGCAAAGAUACGUCGGCUCUUCGAUCUGCCGUUCUCGGUCUUGGGGUGGCUGCAUUAGCCCCAGCUGUUGUGUUUGCCGGGGUAUCAGUAACCAAAACCGGCCGUUAUCGACCGCAGAUGUGGACCGGCUGGUGUAUCCUUCUCAUCGGACUUGGACUGCUGAGAACUGUCAGACAAAACACGCCGAUCGCUCAUGCAGUGGCGUAUAGUGCGCUCAUCGGUGUCGGAUUGGGAUUGAAGUACUCGACGACCAUGUUCCCCGUUCAGGCGCCGCUGCCUGUCUCUCAAAGUGCUCGAGCGCUGGCGUUUCUGGCAUUUUCCGGCUCUUUUGCAGGCGUCUGGGGUUUGACACUUGGAGCCGCCGUCCUUGACAAUCAACUCAGGGUACGACUUUCAGCCGCAUUCUUGCAACAACUACCGCACGGAGCGGCCUCAGUUGCCUAUGAUGUCAUCCCACGGUUGGCCUCUCUCCCAGCCCCAGAGCGAAUGGACGUACAGAUCGCGCUGGCAGAUAGUCUAGCGAUGGUCUGGACUGUUCUGAUGGGAGUCGCCGCGAUUGGGCUGCUUGCUUCGCUUUUCAUGCGGGGACUUCCUUUACAUUCCAAGCUUGACAGUCGUUGGGCACUCCGGGACCGUUCGCCCCGAUCAUCUGCUCUCCGUUUUGAAAUGGUUACGCCGCAAGUCAUCCAGGUGCAUCUGAAUCCGGAGGGCUGCGGCGGAAAGGUGUAAUGCGAUAGUAUCAUAUCACACCACUAUCGUAGGCGGUGUGUAGCCGGCUAUCUUCGGUCGCGGUGAUUUGCCGUAGUCGAUGAGACUUGUUUAGGAGUCUUUCAAAAACUCCCACGGAGUUAACUUUACUAUGACGACGUACGAAGAAGCUUACCGCAUGUUCCCGCGUUAAUACCAACCACGACCACCUGCUCUAUAACUAAAGUAGCUCGUCUACACUCUCUUCUCGCAAAGCGAAGCCCCCUUCUCUCUCACACGCUGCUUCCGCGGCAUCUUUCUCCUCCAUUUUGAUUCCGGGGGUAUUUAUCCAAAGGAGAUAACGGUGCGAUACACAAAGUCAGGUGAGGCCCAUCAAUUUGUUCAAGGAUUUCUUGUUCUUCCUCCCGCCAUCUGCCGGCCUCCCCGUAUAGGCAGGACACGAGGCAAGGCCGUCCCAUCAUACACGAGGCUUUCGCGCUCCUUCCCGAGUGCCCGUGUCGUCGCGUCGUUCCCCCCAGACGCCGCCGCCUCCAAAACUCCAAAAAAAUCACAUCUUCGCGCGCGCCACACGCCUUCUUCGUUCUUACUAACCUUCUUCUUUUAUCUAUACGAAUGUCGCGACAGCCGACCAGAGAUUCGCCCUCGAACGACUCGUCCGUGGCCGGGGUGGACUCCCUGCUCGAGCAAUUGCAGGCGGAUAACAACAACUCAGAGGAGCCCUCGUCUGGAUCCGCCGCGUGUCGCAGUAUGUCGAAAGACUCGGAGGGCUAUCCAUCGUGGCUUCCCAAGCGCCCACUCCAUCCAGCGCCGGCCUCGACGUUCCAAGGGUCGAUCAAUGAUGCGGGACCGAGCGAGCAGCCGUUUGUUGGGGGGAGGAAGGCGACGCCGCGGUCCGUGCGCAUUGUCAGUAUGAACGACCACGACGCGUCGUACGGUGCCGAGAAGGAUCGGCGUGAGCCCACGGACCAGACGAAGGUUGGGGUCCCCGCGCCCCGUGUUUGGUCGCGGGGAAUGGGUGUGCCUCUUCCUGCUGGCUCACACGAACAGGCGCACCCACGGAUACCUCAGCCACGGUUCAAAGCCAAGGGACUGCACCUCGAACUGGUGCAGAACCCCGGAUUCAAGUCCCGUCUCUACUUCUUGCUGUUUCCACUGCUUGUGUUCGCACACAUACCACUGCAAACUUUCUUCGACUUCAAUGCCGUGUUCAUGUUAAUUCAGAUCGCGAAGUUUCCCAACCCAUUAGCUCCCGGUGUGCCUGGUUCCGGUCGCAAUUGGGAGUUGGCUGCUGCGGCCUAUGCCGCAUGCUGGUUGGUUUGGAUCUUUCCUGUCUUCGUUAUUUAUGAGUUGGUGUAUUCUUUCGCUCGGCGAUGGCGUGUCAAACGCCCUGUCAUGCUACCGCUCUAUCUUUCAUCCCCUGCAUUCAACUUUGUGUGCCUAUCGUCCUAUGCCAACUUCUGUUUCAUGCAGCAUUUGCGCUGGUCUGCGUUUUUCGGCGAGCAUGGCGGUAUGCGAGAUGGAUUGGCUGAAACGUUCUGGUUAUACUCCCAGAAUCUGCCCACCGUGAUUCUGCUUCUUCCCCGUGCAGGAUUGUGCCUGGCGCUGCUUUUGGGAUUCUGGUCCCCGGAUCCGCUCGUUGUGGCGAUGUCGGAUUCCGGAACGUCCAACCGGGACGAGACAUUCUUCCGUGCGGAUGGGACCUUGACUGGGUACUCUCGCGGUGUGCUGAUUGCUAGCGCGGUAUGGGCGGCCUGGAAGGCGUUGGUGGUUCUGAUCAGCUGGAUCGGGCUUUGGAUUCUGAGUGGUGCUGGUUGUGCUGGUCUCUGCGGCCCUCGGAACCGCUGGGAGGAAGAGGAAGCAGAGAAACGGAUGUCGGCGUUCAGCGACAACGUUUCAGAAUUGGAAGCGCUGCCUUGGAGCUGGAGGAUGGCUACUGCUCUCCGAGUCCAAGACACCUUCGAUUUCUGUCUCACUGUGCGACCACGGUGGACUGGCAAACACAAGGAGGAGGCGGCGGCCGUUUCCCAGGCCAUAGAGCCCAAACCUGUGGAUGGGAUGGAACAGAUCAUGGCGGGUAUUGGGUUGCCAACGGUGCCCGCAGCUGCUCGCCGGGGUGCUCUUUCUGGCGAUUUGUUCGACACGCCAAUCAGCGAGAAGGGCCCUGAGUUUGCAGACAUCAUCCCCAAGGUGGUGAAUCGGUCCUCCAGGGAGCCGUCGACUGGGCCUUCCGCGCCGCUGAUGGCAUUGCCGUAUCCGUUCACGACUCCGGGAGCGCAGGUGUCUUCGCAAGAUCGGGUACCGUUCCCGCCGUCUCCGGAGCCAACGGACAGCAAAGACUCGAGUGGCAGUUUGGAGGAAGUGGAGCAUGAAGACGAGGAUGAAGAAGACGAGGAUGAGGACGAUGAAGAGAUGCUUGAAGGGAUGCUCAGCGAAGGCCCUUCGUCAGGACGGGCUUCGGGUUCCAUGUCGAGUCUAGGACAGCCUGUCGCAUCUCGUUAUCCCUUCCAAUUCCGGCACCCCAAUCGCGGUCACGCUCGCAGCGGGUCGUCGGGUGCGGCGUCUCACAUGACUCCCGUUUCGCACAACACUCGGUCGACGCAGUCACAGAAUGCACGCUCAACGUUCUCCCGGGCGACGCAGUCUACUGGGAACCCGGAAUCGAGUGAAUCGCAGUCACCCCAGUCCCAACACACUCUCAGCAGUUCCGGCCUCGAAAGCAGGGAGGGCGGGAUACGCUACAAUAGUGCGGCCAGUGCGAUUCCGAUGCCACCACGCCAUCCGCGAAGCAGGACUCGCUCGCGUACCGUGCCUAAUACCGUCUCGGAGUCUUCGUCUUCGUCGUCUGGACCACCUAUUGAUUUCCCCAGAUCACGUGGUAGAAUGGACAGUCGCGUAACUGAUGCGUUUGGGGUGGUUGCGCCCAACGUCUUGGAGCCACCGCUUCCUGACGAGCCGGAAAUCACCGAGUCGGAGGGCUCACACGAAGCGGAGCGCGAAGACCAGCUCGGCUUAUUGUCACUUUCUGCUGCGCCCAGUCCUCGGUCCUCUUUCACUGCGUUACGUCACAGGGCCAGCAAUGUGUCGGGUCGAAGGGGUUAUGGAUCCAGUUCGUCGCACUCGCGAACACACUCGCAUUCAGGAACUUCGUCAUCCAGAUCUCGUGCUGAAUCGUUGAUUUCUGUUUCGGCCCGGUCAAGAGCUCAGUCUCUGUUGCAGAACAUUGGCGCGGCAUCCCAGUCUUCGAUCGAAAUUGUUCAAGUUGCCAUGCGCAAUCGGGCCAACUCAUCGAUGGCAAGGCUGGAGGAGGAUCUAUCGGAUUCACGGACCAACUCGCAUUCUCGAUCUGGUAGCGCCUCGGACGCUGUCCCAAGCAGUGUCGAGAAUCACACUUUCGGUAUGCCUUUGCACGCACAACCCCUGUCCGCACAGCCGCCGGUGCUGGAGACCAUGUCCGAAGGCUCGCCAGAGGUGUCCCCGGAGAGGCUUCCUGCGCCAGCUCCGUCAUCGUAUCUGUUGUCCUCGCAGUCACAGCUGUCGGUUUUCACCGCACCGUCGACCCAGCAGCUAUCGGAACGCACCGUGUCGCGCCCGCCCAGCUCGGAUAACAUGCUGAUGAUGCCUGAGCCCGCUGGAAUUCCGAUUCCGACGCUGCAGGUUCCGCAGCAAGGGUCGGGCGACAUGGGCAGCAGCUACCCCGAUGUGAGCACGGCUGCGGGCUCGUACGUCACCGCCGCACCCACCAUCGAGGGCAGCACGACCGAGUCCAGCGAUGGCCGGACCGUGUAUAGUCUCACUCAAGGGCCUUCUCAAAUGCAGUCGCACAUGGGCAACCGUGGUGGCGAGGCCUGGCAACCGUAUGGGCCUGCUUGAUCCGAGCGCAUAUUCUGUUUUCUGGGUUUUCCUUUUCUCGCCUCAUGUUACCCCAUCCUCCUCACCUGCAUCUUCAACCGCACGCUACUUAUUAGACCACAUUGACGUCGUGUAUCAUAUUACCACUUACCACUCACCUCCCCCCGCGUAACCAUUAUUCCCUUAUUUCCGUGUCCGUUAGUUAGUUGAAGUGGAAGGAUCUCAGAUGCUACAUAUAUUUCUACCACGCGACAGCCUACUACUAUUUUAUUUUUAAAUUUAGAGUAGCUAGCUGUUUCUAC